UUAUACAACCUCAAAAUGCUGGGCAGUGAUACUCGGAAUUGGUUUGUGAAGAAGCAGAUGAGCGGCCGGAGACCAUCUGGCAAAAAUAAGAAAACGUGGGCUGCCAAAAUCCUGAGACACCAUAGGGAGCGGUUACUGAAGGAGCUGGAUGUCAACAAGGUGCUGCCAUACCUUGUGUAUGGCAGGGUGUUCUCUCUGGUGGAAUGCAAGGAAAUCCUGGGUUAUGACACCAAUAAGAAAAGGGCAGAGAUAUUUCUGGACAAGUUGUCUUUGAAGGGCCCUGGGGCCUUCUGUGCUUUCUGCUCUGUUCUGGAAGAGGCGUAUCCACACUUGCUAACCUGUUUUCUACUGGAUAUUGAAGAUCAGCCUGCGUUGAGGAGCUGUCGAAACCAGGAGGGCAGAGUCAUGGCUCCUCACAACCAGGGUGUGUUUCUAUCUCGGGAGCGUACAGUGAUGCACCCUCUAUUCAUCUAUAACGACCCUCUCUUCAACACCAGGGUGACUCCCACAGAUGGAUUGUCAGGGAUAGGUGCCACAGGGAUAGGCACCGCUGCUUCGUCCGCUGCCAUUACGGAAGCUCAGGAUUCAGCAGAAGCAGCUGCAGAAGAUGCUGCAGCUGCUCGUGCCGCUGCUCGUGCCGCUGCUCGUGCAGGUGCUAUGUGUGGUUCUGGUGCUAUAGGAGGAUGCAGUGUAAUGUUUGCCACCUCCACACUCUCGCUGCCCAUGACCCAGGGCAAGCCCUCCCUCCGCAGGAUCAAGGGCCGCAUUCACCGCAGCAAGAGCCUGGACAGCAUAGACCUGCUCGACUCCAAUAGCGCAGCGAUGGAGGAAACCGUAAUAUGGGAACAGCACACAGUGACCCUUCACAGGGCCCCAGGGUUUGGGUUCGGCAUAGCCAUCUCAGGGGGCCGGGACAACCCUCACUUCCAGAGUGGUGAGACUUCCAUUGUCAUCUCCGACGUCCUGAAGGGAGGCCCAGCAGAAGGACUCUUAUCGGAAAAUGACCGUGUGGUAAUGGUCAACGCGGUGUCCAUGGACAACGUAGAGCAUGCGUACGCAGUGCAGCAGCUUCGGAAGAGUGGAAAGAAUGCAAAAAUAACGAUCCGAAGAAAACGGAGGGUUCAGAUCCCAGUGUCUCGCCCGGGGGACAGGGAGACUAUGUCCGAGCACGAGGAAGAGGACACGGAUGAAGACGAUGGUUACGAGCAGCACAGCGGCCGCAGCGGGCCCACCAGCGCCUACGGAGCGGCAAGCGGCGGCACGGCCAGCAGGCGGACGAACGACCGCGAGCGUGAACGCAGCAACAGCAGCCGGCGGGAACACAGUGCCUCGCGAGAGAGGAGCAUCUCGCCCCGCUCCGGCCGAUCCCAAGGGUCCUCUACACCGUCCCGCCCCGCCAAAGUCACCCUUGUCAAGUCCCGCAAGAAUGAAGUAGAGUAUGGUCUGCGUUUGGCCAGCCACAUCUUUGUGAAGGACAUCUCCCCAGAGAGCCUGGCAGCACGGGACGGAAACAUCCAGGAGGGAGACGUGGUGCUGAAGAUUAACGGCACAGUGACAGAGAACCUGUCGCUAAUAGAUGCUAAGAAGCUGAUCGAGAGGUCAAAGGGCAAGUUAAAGAUGGUGGUGCAGAGAGACGACAGAGCCACGUUGCUCAACAUCCCCGAUAUGGACGACAGCAUUCCCUCCGGCAACAACUCCGACCGAGACGACAUUUCAGAAAUUCAUUCACUGACAUCAGACCAUUCCGCUCGAUCCCAUGAUCGAGCACGGGGCAGUCGAUCCCGCUCCCCUACCCGGUCUGAGCCCUCGGACCCCUCCCGACACUCACCACGGCAGAUUAGCAACGGCAGUUGGAGGCUAAAGAACGCAGGGACAUUCUUACACAGAAUACUCCCACUCCACAGAAGUCGAGAUGAGGAGAGGAUUUCCAAGCCCGGGGUGAUGUCGACUCCUGUUAAAGGUUCCCAGGAGGCCCUAAUCCAGGCCAUCAGUGACCAGCCACUGGCCAGAGAGGACAAACUGCCCCCGCUGCCAGAACCAAAGCCAGUGUAUGCCCAGCCUGGCCAGCCUGAUGUGGACCUUCCAGUCAGCCCCUCUGAUGCCCCAGUGCCCAGCGCUGGUCAUGAUGACAGCAUCCUCAGGCCGAGUAUGAAGCUGGUGAAGUUUAAGAAGGGGGAGAGUGUCGGCCUGAGGCUGGCCGGAGGGAACGACGUGGGCAUCUUUGUAGCCGGAGUCCUGGAGGACAGCCCAGCUGCCAAGGAAGGUCUGGAGGAAGGAGACCAGAUUCUCAGGGUAAACAACGUAGACUUUGCUAACAUCAUCCGAGAAGAGGCUGUGCUGUUCCUCCUAGACCUUCCCAGGGGUGAAGAGGUCACCAUUCUGGCCCAGAAGAAGAAGGAUGUUUACCGUCGGAUAGUGGAGUCAGAUGUGGGCGACUCGUUCUACAUCCGGACCCACUUUGAGUAUGAGAAGGAGUCUCCGUACGGCCUGAGCUUCAACAAGGGAGAGGUGUUCCGUGUAGUGGACACCCUCUACAACGGCAAGCUGGGCUCCUGGCUCGCCAUACGCAUUGGCAAGAACCACCAGGAGGUGGAGAGAGGCAUCAUCCCCAACAAGAACAGGGCAGAGCAGUUGUCCAGUGUGCAGUACACCCUCCCCAAAACGCCAGGGGGCGACAGGGCUGACUUCUGGAGGUUCCGUGGUCUGCGGACCUCCAAGAGGAACCUGAGGAAGAGCAGAGAGGACCUGUCUGCCCAGCCGGUCCAGACCAAGUUCCCUGCCUAUGAGAGGGUGGUGCUGAGAGAGGCUGGGUUCCUGAGGCCUGUGGUGAUCUUUGGGUCCAUCGCAGACGUGGCAAGAGAGAAGCUGGCCAGAGAGGAGCCUGACCUGUUUGAGCUUGCCAAAACACAGCAACAUGAAGGAGUGGAAAAGAGUGAGCCCAAAGACGCAGGAAAAGACCAGCGCAGCUCCGGGAUCAUUCGCCUCCACACCAUUAAACAGAUCAUUGACCGGGACCGGCAUGCUGUGCUGGACAUCACCCCCAACGCUGUGGACCGUCUGAACUACGCCCAGUGGUACCCCAUCGUGGUGUUCCUCAACCCGGACAGCAAGCAGGGCGUCAAGACCAUGAGAACCAGGCUGUGCCCCGAGUCCAGGAAGUCAGCCAGGAAACUCUACGAGAGAGCCCUCAAACUGAGGAAGAACAACCACCACCUCUUCACCACCACCAUUAACAUGAAUAAUAUGAAUGACGGGUGGUACGGUGCCCUGAAGGAGACCAUUCAACAGCAGCAGAACCAGCUGGUGUGGGUUUCAGAGGGAAAGGCGGACGGUGCUCCAGAUGAUGACCUGGAUCUGCAUGAUGACCGUCUGUCGUACCUGUCGGCUCCGGGCAGUGAGUACUCCAUGUACAGCACGGACAGCCGCCACACCUCCGACUACGAGGACACGGACACAGAGGGCGGGGCCUACACCGACCAGGAACUAGACGAGACGCUGAACGACGAGGUGGGCCUACCCACUGAGCCCGCCAUCACCCGCUCCUCGGAGCCCGUCCGAGAGGACCCGCCAGUAAUCCAGGAGCCCCUGGGGUACGGCGGGUACCAGCACACAGUGCAGCCCGACCCCCUGAACCGGAUCAACCCAGCCGGAUUCAAGGCACCAGCGGCCCAGCAGAAUGAGAAAGCAGAGGCUGUUCCGGCCACCAUGCCUAUCCUCCCCCAGCAGCCUGAGCAGCCUGUGUUACUGGCUGAGACAGAGGCAGCGCCCCCUGCUGUCGACAACACUGUAAAUGGUGUAGCUGGUUUGAGCCAUGGUUUAAGCCUUGGCCCUAUCGCUGCUCCCCAGAGCGAACCCAGCCCAGGCCCCGGCCCCGAGGCUGACUGGCUUAGGAUGCCCACCCCUGAUCUAGCUCAGCCCCUGGCCCCGGCCCCAACGCUAGAACCCGAACCCCUACAAUCCGGACCGCCCAGUUCAGAACCACAGAUGUACAAGAAAGAUCCCUACCUGGAGGAACCAGUCAGAGUGAACCAUGGUGGUGUAAAGCCGUCUCCGGCGACGGGGCCGCCCAUGACCUACGAGUCCCAGCCUCCAUACCAGGACCAACACCCAUACAGAGAUUACGAUCACCCGCCUAACCGCUACGACGGGGGUGGCUACCUGGAACCAAAGUAUCGUAACUUCGACUCUCAACUGCACCACGAGAAAAGCGUGCCUCACUACGAUGACCAGUGGCCUCCCUACAACCAGCAGACCUCUGGCCCACCACCCCACCAGCAACAGCAAGCCCCUGGGCAUGGCUACGACCCCCGGCUGUCCUACGAAGACGGACCCGAGCGAGACUACAGCCCUCCUCAACCGCGCUACGAUGAGGCCCCACUGGGCUACAACGGACGACCUCGCUACGGAAAACCUGCAGGACCAGGACCCAUCCGCUACGAUGAGUCUCCUCCAUCCGGCCCAGGGGGCUACGCUCCUCUACGUUACGACCAGGAGCCUCACCCGUAUCCCCCUGCAACACGCUCUCCAGAGCCCCCUAAACAGUACUACCAGGGGGAGCCUGCCCAGCGGACAGGACCUGGGCCUGCCUACAACCAGGCACCACCUCAGCACCGAGGCUACAAGCCCCCGCCCCAACAGUAUGAACCCAUCAUGAACUUUGACGCCCCCGUGCCCACACCCAAACCACAACCAGAGGCUCUCCGUCCCUCACCUGGGGAGGUGCUGCUCACUACAGCCCCCAAUCUCCCUCCCCCUCCCCCCAGAGUUGAGCCGGAGGACGACCCGGCCAUAAGGGCCCAGUCGGUGUUGUCCAGGGUCAAGAUGUUUGAGAACAAGCGCUCAGUGUCUGUGGACCGAGCCAAGGAGGCAGUGGACGCCUUCGGGCUCAGGUCAGCAGAUCUGCCCACCAAACCAGGUGCGUCCAUUCCUAAAGCCAACUCUCUCAGCAAUCUGGACCAGGAGAAAUCGUUCAGAGUCCCUGAGCCUCAGAAGCCCCGGGAGGUGUCCGAUGAUGACAUAGUGCGCUCUAACCACUAUGACCCAGAUGAAGAUGAGGAGUACUACAGGAAACAGCUGUCCUACUUUGACCGGCGCAGCUUGGACACAGGCAAGGCACCUCCUCAGACAACACCUGUCAUCGCAACCAAACCUGCUGCUCAACCACAAGCACAUCCUGGAUACAACUACCCCAGGGCAGAGUCAGUGGAGAAGGUCAGUCCUGUGGAGAGGAGAUAUGAACCCGUUCCCCAGGUUACCCCCACUGCCCCACCUGCCAUACUACCCAAACCCACCUCACCUGAGGAUCCUCAUGACUUUCCUAAAGCAGACACAGUCAUGACCAACUACCUGCCCCAGAAGAGUUACCCUGAGAAGUCUCCAGUGAACGGUACGGCAAUGAAGGAUCAGCCCAAGGCCCCGGCCAAUACCAGCUACAACCGCUACGUCCCCAAGCCCUACACCAACUCCGCCAAGCCCUUCGAGAGGAAGUUUGACAGCCCCAAGUUCAACCACAACCUGCUGCCCAACAACAAAACAGACCUGGCCCCAGCCAUCAAGGCCCCAGCCAACAGCACAGCCCCAGCCAAGCCCCAGAUCUCCCCCCAGCUUACAGACCUGGACUCUGGCAUGGACACCUUCACGCGCACCAUGGACAACAGGUCCAAGUACCAGCACAACAACAUCAACGCUGUGCCCAAGGCCAUCCCUGUCAGCCCCAGUGCUCUGGAGGAUGAUGAUGAGGAUGAAGGUCACACGGUGGUGGCCACAGCCCGUGGGGUCUUCAACUGUAAUGGAGGGGUGCUGAGCUCCAUCGAGACAGGUGUCAGCAUCAUCAUUCCACAGGGAGCCAUCCCCGAGGGCGUAGAACAGGAGAUCUACUUCAAAGUCUGCCGGGACAACAGCAUCCUGCCCCCCCUGGACAAGGAGAAAGGAGAGACCCUGCUCAGCCCGCUGGUGAUGUGUGGCCCUCACGGCCUCAAGUUCCUGAAGCCUGUGGAGCUGCGUUUACCUCACUGUGCGUCUAUGACCCCAGAUGGUUGGUCUUUUGCUCUAAAAUCCUCCGACUCCUCGUCGGGUGAUCCCAAGAGUUGGCAGAAUCAGUCUCUCCCUGGAGACCCCAACUACCUGGUGGGGGCCAACUGUGUGUCUGUGCUCAUCGACCACUUCUGAAGAGUGCAACAGCUGGCCUGUUACUGAAUGUGAAACCAUGGGAAAGGAGUGAAAAUAUACAUACAUACAUACAUACAUACAUACAUACAUACAUACAUACAUACAUACAUACAUAUACCAUUUCUCCAGGGGUGGACCAUACACAAUGAUGUAUUUACACCUAGUGCUCCAGCGUUGUUUACUGUGCCCAUGGAAGAUGGAAGGAGACUGAAGUUGCCCCUAUGUGCGGUCCUUUAACUCUUUCCGGGGUCUUGAAGAAAAUACAAAACACACAACAAUUUAACCAGUGAUGGAAUGCAUGCCCUGUGCCACUGAGUAACUCAUCACAUUAUACGCCAAGUUUUAACUUUUAAUUGUUACAUAACAGGAAAAUGGUUUGUGAGGUUUUUACUAUUGAAGUAGAUUGACAUACAUGUAGGUGUAUUUAUACUAUAUAUGCAUACAGUAUAUAUAGUAUAUGGUAUAAAUAUAAUUUUCAAUUCAAUUCUAGAAAACAGAAUUCAAGAAUCAGACUUCAACCUUUUUUGUUACCUUUUGAAUUGGCUGACUUACAAAGACGGUUACGUUUUUCCCACAUUGACGGAUUUGUGACGGUUUUGGAAUUCGGUGCCAGGGAGGUGAGCAGUAAAGUGAUGAUGCUAAUGCAGAGCCACAUUUUCUGAAUGUAUGGCUUUGUGGUAAUGAUUAUGGUGAUAGUGAAGUUGGCAAGCAUCUGCAGAAGAGAAAAUGAAGAUGAGGGUGGAAUACUUUGAGGUGGAUUUAAAGCCCAGCUCAUGCCUCUAACAUGCUCAUCCUGUGACUCGAAUGGCUCUUCCUUCCUUUCCUUUUUUCUUUCUGUAAACUGACCUUGGAUUCACUUUGUAUUGAGUACCAGAAUUCUCCUGCUGUAUCAAGAUCUAUGCAUGUGCUAUGACUCAGGUCCAGAAGCCUGCUCAGUUCUCUCUCACCAUGUUAAAACCCUCUUACAUUAACAAGCAGUGAUGCCUUAUCUGCAUAUUAUUCACUUUUUCAGUAAAAACCUCUGGGUUCUUCUAAGUUAUGAUGAUAAAUUAUGGAAAAAUGAAGUUCUCUUGCCAUUUUGUCAACCCACUGUAUAAAUGAACUUGGGUUUAGCGCACAAGAACAAUUGAAGCUAAUAAAGCUAUGCUUUCUUUAUCUGCUAUGCAUAUGACUUCAGAAGAAAAAUAAAAACAUUACAAAAAAGACAAGUGGCUGUAAAUAAAGUUAGCAUAUGGCCUUGGUUCUUGGUUUGUAAAUGAACUUUUGUAUGUCUUUGUUAUUUUGUAUAAAACUUAGAGAAAACUGUUUUAAAAAAUAAAUGAAUUGACCAUGGUUUACUUUCUAAUCUGGUUAUACCCUUGAGCCUUGGAACUUGUAACUAUUAGCAGUAAUAAAAUCCACAUUUUCUACCAAUAUAUUCACACUACAUAUAAAUAAUAAUUGUCACACAAUAUUUUUAUGGUUAUUUGCAAAAGAGGAAAGUGCUUGGGUUAAACAACUUUUCAAACCUGUUCUUUAAAAGGGUGUGCUCUGUCCCCCUCAUUUAUUUGUGAUACUGGAUGCUGUAUUAUUUUGUGCCCUGAAAUGUAUUUUUGUACUAAUAGACCAUAUAUUACGGCACACCAGUACUAUUUUCUUUAUAUAUGAUAACACAGCUUAAAUUGGAUAUUAGCUCUUCACGUGUGGCUGACCUUUUUUUCUCCUUUGUGACACAAUUUUAAGUAUACCACUGUAUUAAUGAAUAAAAUCAUUUUUAAAGUAAA